UGGGGAAGGCUGCUGAGAACCAUAUUAGCAUUUCUGAGGAUGUGAGUCUGCCUCGGGCCCCUUAUAAAUAUGGCUUGACUCAGUGCCUGUGUGACUGGCGCCCUUGAGACAUGAGGUGGCUGCUGUUCUGUGGGGCCCUUCUUGGGUCAGGCAUCUGCGGCCGAGACAAAUUCUUUGGAGACCAAGUUUUUAGGAUUAAUGUCAGAAAUGGAGACGAGAUCAGAAAACUGACUCAGCUAGUGAAUUCGGAGCACUUUAAGCUCAAUGUCUGGAGAUCUCCUUCCACUGUCGACCGGCCCGUGGAUAUUCUAGUGCCCUCUGUCAGCCUGCUGCCCGUCAAGUCCUUCCUGAAGUCACAGGGCUUAGACUACUCAGUGACAAUUGAGGACCUACAGGCUCUUUUAGACAACGAAGACGAAGAAAUGCAGCACAGUGAAGGGCGAGAGCGGAGCGGUGACUUCAACUACGGCUCCUACCACUCCCUAGAGGCCAUUUACCAUGAGAUGGACAGUAUUGCCACCGAUUUCCCUGACCUGGCAAGCAGAGUGAAGAUCGGAGAGACAUUUGAGAAGCGGCCCAUGUAUGUUCUGAAGUUCAGCACGGGAGCCGGCAAGAAGCGGCCAGCCAUUUGGCUGAAUGCAGGCAUCCAUUCCCGUGAGUGGAUCUCACAGGCCACUGCCAUCUGGACGGCGAGGAAGAUUGUGACCAGCUACCAAAAGGACCCAGCUGUCACCUCCAUCUUGAAGAAAGUGGACAUUUUCUUGCUGCCGGUGGCCAAUCCUGAUGGAUAUGUGUACACACAAACCCAAAACCGACUGUGGAGAAAGACACGGUCCCGAAACCCAGGAAGCCGCUGCAUUGGUGCCGAUCCAAACAGAAACUGGAAUGCAAGUUUUGCAGGAGAGGGGGCUAGCGACAACCCUUGCUCGGAAGUGUACCACGGCGCUCACCCCAACUCCGAAGUGGAGGUGAAAUCAGUGGUGGAGUUCAUUCAGGAGCACGGGGGCUUCAAGGGCUUCAUCGACCUGCACAGCUACUCGCAGCUUCUGAUGUAUCCCUACGGCUACUCCGUCCAGAAGGCCCGAGACGCCGAGGAGCUGGACGACGUGGCGAGGAGCGCGGCCAGAGCGCUGGCUUCCCUGUCGGGCACCAAGUAUCAGGUCGGACCGACGUGCACCACCGUCUAUCCAGCUAGCGGGAGCAGCAUCGACUGGGCCUAUGACAAUGGCAUCAAGUACGCGUUCACGUUUGAGCUGAGGGACACCGGGAAGUACGGCUUCCUCCUGCCGGCCAGUCAGAUCAUCCCCACGGCGGAGGAGACCUGGCUAGGGCUGAGGGCCAUCAUGGAGCACGUGAGGGACAACCUCUACUAGCCCAGGAGUGCUCGUUCUUUACCCAGACCGCGUCUCCACAGUGGGCCGAGCCUUCCGGUGUGGCUCCUCUUCAGCCCUGCUUCCUGGCGGCCUGGGAGGAGUGCGUGGGCCUGCCGUUCUGCUGAGCCUUUGGCUGGGCAGGCCACAGCCACGGUCAUUCCUUUCUCCACGUGAAGCCAGGGGCCUGGCCCUGCUGUGAAGCCUCGGUGCGUGCUGGGAGACAGCGCUGUCUGCGGAGCUCCCCCUGAGUCCUCUCUUUCCGACGUGGCUUCUUUCUUUCUCUUUUAGACAGGGUCUCACGAUGUUGCCCAUAUCAGCCGGAAACUCCCGGGGCCAGACGGUGCCCCUGCCGUAGUCCGCAGUAGCAUCCCCCACUUCUCUCUGAGGAACAAAUCCCUUUGGGCCACCAGCAUAGGUCUUCCCAUUCCCUUUAGUCUCCUAUUAUCACCAUUUAUUUAUUGAGGCAGGGUCUCUUUGUGUAGCCAUGGCUAUCCUGGAACUUGCUAUAUGGACCAAGCUGGCCUCAACCUACAGAGAUCCACCUGCUCUGCCUCCAGAGAACAUUAAAGGGAUUGAAGAUGUACAUCACCGUCGCUGCUCAUCUUAAUUACUUUCUGUUGGCUUGAGCACACAGACAGGCUGGUGUCCACCACAGGCUCAGUGUUCAGAAGAUGCCUGUGGUUUGUUUCCUCCUUUCGCUACAUUCGGUGUUCCCGGCAUUCUCGACGGGGUCAGUUAUACCGAAGACGACACUCUCAGGGACCGAGGAUGAAAUGGGGCACCGUUCCUCGAUUAGCACCAUCUGUCCCGCCAUCUCCACGCUGCCUUUUGAACUCACUUCAAAGAUCUUGCCCUCACCGGGUCCUAAAUCAUCCCGAUGCCCUGGCUAAUCUCAGACCUCGGAACCCUCCAGCCUGGGCUCUGGUGCUCGCUGUCCAGUCUCCUAAUUCUUUCCUCCGGUGUUUGAAGUCACCUUCUCUUCUGCAUCUGGGACCCCGAGUACCUGCCUGGAAAAAGACUCCCUCAUGUAUCAGGCCCCGUUCUCUCCCUUGCGCACGGUGUCUGCCUUGUUUGUCUUGUGGUUUUGUUGUUUUUUUCUGUUUUCAAUCAUGUCCAUAAAUCUUAACCUCCUGCUAGGAGUUGGGCAGCAUCUGGUGUACCCUCAUCAGCCAAUAAAUAUUCAAUAUGGGUUUCAUGAUCA